AUGGCCGACACGAUUUUUGGCAGCGGGACUGGCCAGUGGGUGUGCCCCAACGACCGGCAGCUGGCACUGCGUGCCAAGCUCCAGACGGGCUGGUCGGUGCACACGUUCCAGACUGAGAAGCAGAGGAAGAUGCAGGCUCUAAGCCCGCAGGAACUUGAGGUCAUUCUGGAAGUCAUCCGCAAGGCGGAGAAAUUGGACAUCAUUGAGCAGCAGCGCAUCGGGCGCCUGGUGGAGCGGCUGGAGAACAUGAGAAAAAACGCGAUGGGGAACGGCCUCUCGCAGUGUCUGCUCUGUGGUGAACUGCUGGGGCUGCUGGGUAGCAUGUCGGUCUUUUGUCAGGAUUGCAAAAAGAAAGUUUGCACCAAGUGUGGCAUAGAAACCUUUGGAGCCCAGAAACGUCCUCUUUGGUUGUGCAAGAUCUGCAGUGAACAGAGAGAGGUUUGGAAGAGGUCUGGUGCAUGGUUCUACAAAGGACUGCCCAAGUACAUCGUGCCUUUGAAGAGCAGCAGCAAAUCCAGUGAGCUGCCCUCGCAGCCUUGGCAAAGCGAGCCAGCCGUGCCGGAGGCAGAGAGCGUUGGGACCAGCCGAUCCUUCACCUGGGCCAGGGGAAAAGUGGUUUCUAGCGACAGUGAAAGCGACUCGGAGUUCAGUUCCUCCAGCCUGGAUGACAAGCCCUUGCCUGCGGGGUCAAAAGGCUCACAAGGCAGAAAGCACCGAGCAGGACUGGCACCCAUCGGGGGACCCAGCCAGGCCACGGGCAGGGCGCUGGGGAGCACCCACUCCCCUACCCUCUCAGGGAGCCGCAGCAGCCUGGGCAGCGAGCAGGGGGCUGCCCUCAGUGCCACGGAGAGCUGCCACAGCGACCAGCCGGCGGAUGGGCGCGACAGCGACGUCGGCAGCAAAGUCCCUGGUAAACGGCACGUCCACACCAGAACGCGGUGCUGA